UUCCCUCUUUCAUCCCACCCCAAAGCCCAUCACACUAACCCGUAUUUAACCCACCUCGCCCUCCGUAAAGCCCAUGAGUUUCUCCAUUGGAUUCAUUCCCACUUCAACUUUCAACACACUCAAUCCACCUCUCUCGAAAUGGCGAUCCUCAUCGCCAAAUCGAAAGACACCAAAUCCCUGUGGCAUUUUCUCAAAUCAACGAGUAAUGUUAAUGAUAGUAAUAUUAACAAUAAUCAUAAUAACAAUAACAAUAACAAUGUUAUUACAACCGCGACCAUCACGUGUUUGAUAAAAGUCCUAGCUGAACAAGGCUUAAUAAACGAAGCCUCGCUAACUUUUUACCGAAUGAGACAGUUCGGUUGCAAACCGGACAUUCAAGCUUAUAAUUCAUUGAUUAAUGCAAUGUGUAAUGUUGGGAAUUUCACCAAAGCUAGACACUUGCUUCAACAAAUGGAACUUCCUGGUUUUCGUUGUCCACCUGAUACUUUCACUUACACUAUUUUGAUUAGUUCUUAUUGUAGGUAUGGUAUCAAGAUUAGUGGAUGUAAAAAGGCGGUUCGGAGGAGAUUAUAUGAAGCGAACAAGCUUUUUCGUGUUAUGGUUUUUCGAGGUAUUGUUCCUGAUGUUGUUACUUACAAUGCUUUGAUUGAUGGUUGUUGUAAAACUUACCGUGUUGGACGAGCUUUGGAGUUGUUUGAUGAUAUGAAGAAAAGAGGAUGUGUUCCGAAUCGUGUUACUUAUGAUUCUUUUAUAAGAUAUUAUUGUGCUGUGAAUGAGAUUGAUAAGGCUGUUGAGUUUUUAAGGGAUAUGCAGAGGUUGAAUGAUGAAGGGGUAGUGGCUAGUUGUAGUUCUUAUACGCCAAUUAUUCACGCGCUUUGUGAGGUUGAGAGAGUUGUCGAUGCUUGGAGUUUUGUUGUCGAGUUGGUUGAUAGAGGCUUUGUUCCUCGUGAGUAUACUUAUAAAUUGGUUUGUGAUGGACUUGUUUUGAAGGGCGAGGAUGAAUUGUUGAAUUGUGAAAUGCACCAAAGAAUAAAAGAUGGUAUAUUGGAGAGGUAUAGGAGAACCAUGAAAUUUAAACCAGUUAUGAAUCGGAAAGGGUAUCCCGAGUUUGAAUUCUUUUCUUAAGAGUAGCUCAUUGUUUGGUCGUUGAUGAAGAUGAGACAGCGGAUUGACAUUUCGAAUUUAUGAUUUUUUCGAAGAUGCAAUGUGCAUAAUUUGAUCUCUAUCAAACGGCUAACACCGGAAUUAUUGAGUGCAGGGAACUAACUGUAAGAUACAAAAACAAUACAUUGUAUUAUUGUUGCUUAAUACAAUUGAAGAUAGUAGAUGACUAUUUGUAUCCAUAAUUUGAAUUCUUUGCAUUAUUGGUCAAUUAAAACAACUCACUGGUUUCUUCAAUGAAAUGAUGGUACUGAAAAGCACCUGUCCAAGCCCAAAUGUUUAUACUUUUACUAAACUGGUUGAUGGUUAAUGUGAGGAAGGAGAGGUGAAAGAAGCUCAAAAUUUGUCAUCUGUGAUUGUAAAAGGUAGGGGGAAACCUGAUAUUACUUAUAAUUCUUUAAUGGAUUCUAUAUAUUAUUAUGGCUCGAACCCCGAAGGAGAUUAAUGGAUUAUGUAAAAAUGAAACGGUGGAUGAAUCUCUUCACCAAAAUGUAGUCUAAAAAUAUUAUUCCUGAUAUGAUGACAUGCAAUCGUCUAAUUGAUGGAUUUUGCAAACCAGUGAAAAUCUCUUAUAUUUGGGAUCUUAUUGAUGUGAUACAUUAUAGAGACCAACCUCCUAAUGUGAUUACUUUCAAUUUUUUAUAAGA